AUGAACGAAAAUCUCGCUGCUCGACAGGAAAAAUUGCAUCGACAGAAUCAGGAGCUAAAUCAAGAGGUUGAAGCCAUCGAGCAGCGCCGACAGCAAUUGUCUAAUGACAUUAAACCUACAUCUUCCUCAACUAUUCUACGUGGUACUCGGACUGCAUCUCAAUCGCAACCACUCCACUAUAAAGUAAACUCGAAACGUAAUGACGAAGAUCCAAACAAAUCUAAAUUACUUCUGGAGAUUAAUUUAACUGAAUCGAUCGAUUCUUUAAGCACACAGGGAGAGAAAGAAGCAUGCCCUCAGCUUGUUAAAAACGACAAAAAAGAGAUAAGCUCGAGGAAAAAAUCAGCGGAAUCUAAACGGAAGAACAAACAAAAUCAAAGCGAAGCUUUAGCGAAAGACGCGUUACACAAUCAUCAAAAUAACGCUGUUGACGGCAAUACUUUUAACGAUGUAGACUCAAUCCGAGACAGUAAUCCAAAAGGUCUGAGCCUUGAAGCAACGGUGCGAUAUCAAAAAGCACGUCUGCGUGUCUUGCAAGAUGAAAAAGACGAAGCUCUUGCUCAAAUCGAGCGAUUGCAAGCGACACAUGCUGCACUAAAAGGCGAAUUGGACACGCUAAAGACAGAGAACUCGGCCCUAUUAAAAAAGAAUCAGCAGAUUCAGCAGCUAGUUGAGAAGCAGCGCGAGCUUUCAGUGGCACAGGAGGAGAAACAACGAAUCCUUGAAAAUCAGCUGGCAUCGGCUCAAGAGAAUAUUGAAAAGACUUUACGUGCAGAAAAAAUCGCGACGCAACAAUUUCGCUCAAAAGAUGUUCGUCUGGAUCGAGCACUUGAGGAAAUUGAAAAGUUGAAGGUACAAUUGCAGAAUGAGAAGAUGAAUCAUACCGAGCAAAUGGUUACCAAGGAAGAGUUUGAUCAGGUUGUGCACGAUAACAAAAAGCUUGACAAGCAGAAGGGAGAGCUUUUAAUCGCUUUUAAGAAGCAAAUGAAGCUGAUUGAUUUGCUCAAACGCCAACGAGUUCACAUGGAGGCAGCCAAAAUGCUCUCAUUCACAGAAGCCGAAUUCAGCAAGACAUUAGAGCUCGGCUAA